AUGGAAGACAGUGUAGCGUUAGAUUCAAGUAAACAGAAAGAAUUUGUAAAGUCGGUUAAGGGAAUAAAAAAAUUGUUAAAGAAAAAAGAUAAGAAAAAUGACAAAGAAGACAAAGAAGUAAUCAAAACUCCUCUCAAGCGCGUGAAACAUGGAAAGAUCAAGAAACGUAUUCCAAGAGGACUCGUAUAUUUAUCUCACAUCCCACAUGGUUUUUAUGAGAAUGAGAUGAGUCAAUACUUUCGUCAAUUUGGAAUGGUUACAAAUGUACGAGUUAUCCGUUCUAAACGAACGGGUAACUCCAAGGGAUAUGCAUUUGUGGAAUUUAAGGAUCCAACAGUAGCACAGGUUGUUGCAGAGACUAUGAAUAAUUACCUUAUGGGAAAGAGACUAAUCAAAGCUGUUUAUAUACCUCCAGAAAAACAAAAAAUUAGCGCCAAAAGAAUGCAUUGGACUCCCCAAAAUAACCCAACAGCUAAUAAGAGAAGGGCAGAGAAAAAGAAAAUCAAUGGCCCAAAAUCAGAAGAGGCAGAUACUAAGGCAGCAAAGAGUAUGUUGAAAACUUUACAACAAACAAAAAAGAAACUGAAGGAAAUAGGGAUAGCAUAUGACUUUUUUAAGCCAGUUGAUAUACCAGAAGGUAUUAAUUAUGUACAUGAUAAAGAUGAUACAGAUGAGAAAAAUGGUGACAUAAAGAAAGAAAUAAAGAAACAUGACAAGAAAGAAGUAAAAGUGGCAUCUGAAGGCAAGUUAGAUGUUAAGAAUACUGAUAAAAAACCAAAAGGUAAAAAUAUUAAAUUGAAUGCUACAACUGAUAAGAAAAAGUCUAAAGUCACAGAUAAAAUAAAUAAUCAAGAUGUUAAGAAAGACAUAAAAGGCAAACAGAGUGAUACUCUUCCAGUAAAGCAAGAAGAGGUUAAAAAAGAAAAAAAGAAAAUAGACAAAAUUCAAACAAUAAAGAAACAAAAAUUAGAAGAUCUAAAAGUUGAAUUGUUGGAAGACUUUAUUAAUAUACAAGAAUCUGAUGGAGAUAGUGAUGGUUCAUUGGAGUUUGAUUCUGAUGAAUUUGUUAAAGCAAUGGGGGAAGAGUCCUUUGAUUCCGAGGAUAAUUCAUCAGAUGAUGAAAGUAGUGCAAAUGAAGAACCAGCCAAGAUAGUUAUAGGCAGAAAACGUCAAGCUAAGAAAAAUGCACAACCAACUGGUAAUAAGAAUAUUAAAAAGCAAGGAAAGCCGGUUGUAGCUCCUAAAAGAAAAGCGGAACAGAAACCCGUACAGACUAAGAAAGUAAAGUUUGAGAAGCAGAAUAAUAAGAAGACUUUAAACAAAGUUAUUAAAAAGAAAAAAUAA